GAAGACUUAAGGCCGGGACGCAGCUCCGCGCAUGCUCAUCAUCAGCCAGGGUGGCAAUACACACGUGCUUACGGCCAGCCGCGGCGCCUGCGCCGUAGCGGCCUGGAGUUGGUGCACGCAGGACGUUUCUCGCACCUUGACUCCUGCCCUCCGUGGGAGCCUGUUUGUGCUUAGUGUCCUGUGCAUACGCCUUGCAAGCGACGGCGCCAUGAGUCUGUCUUCCAGCGUACGAGGUGAAGUGGGACCUGGGAACGGUCCACUCCAUGCUGGGAAUAGACAACUCUCCUCUGAGGCUGAGGCUAACCAGACUAUGCAGAGCUUUCUUCUCUCCAGCGUUCUGUGGAAUUGGGUUGAAUGGAUCGCAGCAGUUACUAUUGCUGCUGGUACAGCUGCGAUUGGUUAUCUAGCUUACAAAAGAUUUUAUGUUAAAGAUCAUCGCAACAAAUCUAUGGUAAACCUUCACAUCCAGAAAGACAACCCCAAGAUAGUACAUGCUUUUGACAUGGAGGAUUUGGGAGAUAAAGCUGUGUACUGCCGUUGUUGGAGGUCCAAAAAGUUCCCAUUCUGUGAUGGAUCUCACACAAAACACAAUGAAGAGACUGGAGACAACGUGGGACCUCUGAUCAUUAAGAAAAAGGAAACUUAAAUGAACAGUUUUGAUGCUGCAAACCAACUAGUCAUGAUGUUACCUGAUUGUUUAAUUGGAAUGGCUACCACUUCUGUCUAUUUCACUUCCCCUGGGUUCUAGAUGUGAUACAUUGCAAAUUGCAGCUUUCAUACUCACAGCAUUUGCCUUACUUGUUGAACCAUUGUGGUACACAUUUGUUUAAACAAAAAAAGGAAAAAGUAAAAACGAACCUUAUGGCCCAUGGGUUAUCUUGGUCUUGUAAGGAUCUGUUUCUUUACGUUUAAAAUAAUUAUAUUAGAAUAUAGUUGUAUGUUGAAGUUAAUACAUUAAAUUAUUCUCAGAAUGAUGUAUAUGUAGAUUGUACUUUCAAAGAAAAAUCAUCACCUUUUAAUAUUACUUAGUUAACCUAGAAAGUAAAUUGGGUGUGAUUAAGCUAUAUUAAUCUCUUAAUAUAGGAAAAACCUGUUACCUUGAUUCUCUUCUUGACAGAGGUAAUAAGAAAAUAUAGCUUUAUGUUUUCAUAGUUUUUAAUCAAAAUGAACUUUGAAUGUUAUUCUGCUUAAUUAUAAGUGGUCCAGGUCUAAAAUGAAAGGGCACAGUAGCUUCUUUAUUCAUUUGCAUGGAUAUUUAAUUGACCCAUUAAAGGAGCCGAUACUGGAAAUUUAGAUCAAAGUGGUAAUAGUCUUAAAGUAGUCAUGAAGAAAGUUGUAAAAUGUAAUGCUCCAGAAUUCUAGCCCAAGAAGUGUCAAGCACUUGAAGCGGGGACAUUGAAGGAAUUGGAACACAUGAUGUCCAGUCUCUUGAACACAAAGCUGCACAUCCAUGACAGAAAUAGUAGUCACAAAGCUAGAUCAAAAGGCACGAGAAGAUUUAUUUCCCACUCUUGAUUCAGGCACAUGCUAGUAAAGAAACUAUUCGGGGAAGAAAAAUAAUUACAUUUUCUUAAAUUGUAUGAUUUUUAAAAGCAAAAAAAUUUGAAGACAAGAUCUUGUUUAUAUAAUAUUCUUUGAAGACUCAGAUCAUUGCAUUCAUUUAAAAAAAUGCAAAAACUGAAAAUACUAGGAGCAAAAAAAUAUGAAGACAGGAGUAGUAAUACAUGUAUUUUUAAAGGAGAUUAGUUCUUUGGGUUUUGUGAGUCAGAAGGAAAAAUCAGGACAAGAUAUAUACAUAAUACAGGCAUACAAUUGAAAUUGACAAAGGUAAUGAAAAUAUUCCCAUCAUUUCUUUUAGUAUACAUGAAUUCUCAGUAGUAGUAGGUAACACGUUUCUACUUGAUAAAAUUCAGAAUUACCUUGGAAAUCACAGGAAUCAACAAACCAACUAUCAGCAUUCCUAUAUUAUGUAGGAUCACUGAUAUUUUUUAAUGUACAAUUUUGUGUAUUACAGCACAUAAAGUUUAUACCAAAAUUGUGUAUACUGGUUUUAAGCAGCUUAUAGGACUUACUUAGACAUGUCUUUAAGGCACAUCUUCAAUACAAAAUCCAAAAUACUACAAACUCUGAUUCUACCUAUAAGUUCCUUAAGGUGAUUUUCUUUCCAUGCCUCUUCCUCCUGUUUUAAGUAAGUACCAGUGGGUCUGCAAAAGAAGCACCAUGCUUUUGUCAGACUGUGCUGACAGCUCAGAGCCUGGAGACUGCUUUGAAUUCUGUGUCUUCCUCUCUUUCUCUCCCCACCCACCCCCCCAACCUUGUGCUGUCUCUCAAAAGUAAAUAAACAUUAAUUUGUUUUUUUAAUUUAUUUUGAGAGCAGGUGAGAGAACAAAGCGGCAGGGAGAGAGAAUCCCAGGCAGGCUCCACACUGUCAACACAGAGCCUGACAAGGAGCUCAAAUCCAUGAACCAUUAGAUCAUGACCUGAGCCAAAAUCAAGAAUCAGAGGCUUAACCGACUGAGCCACCCAGGCACCCCAAGAAUUGUCAUGCUUUUAAAUGUUAAUUGUUUAAAAAGUAAGUCCAUGAACUCGCAGUUUCUGAUACAGGGACAUCCUUUUAAUAGACUAAACGGUUUCCUUAACUUUGAAUUUGAAAUUGCAUUAUCAGUCAUGCACUUUUAUGGCUAGUGGGAGAGAGGGGGAAGAAAUUAGUGCCAAUUCUCAAAACUUUUUCAAAGUGAUAAGACUAUGUGUAUGUUUAUGGUGAAAUGAGAAGUGAUCACCUAAUUGAAAUGCAUAUCUACUGUAGCAUUUUGAUCAUCCAAAAUAUUUAGAUAAAUGUAUUCCCAGGGUCAUGUUAAAAUUUUGGUACAUGCUUUUGAGUUAGAAUUCCUUUAGAACUUUCAUGUUACUUAACCUAAAAAGAUAAGUGGGUGUGGUUAAAUUAAUGUGAUGUUUUUAUACAAAAGUCCUUGUGUGCAAAUACUGUUCUUAUUUAAGCAUGCUGAAGCUUCUGAUUGCUUUUUCAUUUGAGAAAUCAGGCAAAUAGGGUUCCUCCACACCACCACCAUCUUUUUGUGUCUGUACAUACAUGUUCCAGUGAUUUCCAAAAUAGAAAUUUGUGCGAGGUUGAGAGUUUUUAAUGUUACAAAGAAAUUUGUUUUGCAGUGACUUAAAGUGGCACUCAUCUGUGCAACAGACAUUUAUUAAGCAUCUUCCAUAAACCAUAUAAUUGAGAAUGAACAUUUUGGAGAAUUAAAAGCUUACAGAUAAGAUUAUAUCAUUUGUAACAUAGGUUAUAUAAUUAUGAGAACUUAUGUGUUGGGGUUUUCCUUCACAAAUUGUAACAAGGUACAGUUGUGUAUACCAAGACUUUAUACUACAAAGUACAUGGAUUUAUUUGAUUUUUUUCAUUAGUUAUGAAGGAUUUGGGUUUGGUUUGGUUUUAAGAUAAACAUUGAUUUUGGUUCCUAAUUGGCAACAUGUUUAGUGCUUGUGUACUGUGAGAGUAUGUUAUCUACUGGUUGUUAGAAGCUAUUCUUCACAAACUGAUUUCAGGCAAAGCCACUCACCUCUCAGCCCCUAAAAUGGUUGAACAAAAUGGCGUUUUAGGCAAUUUGUUUACAAAUUCUAGGCCAAGCCUAAAUUUUCAGCAUCCACAAAGGAAAAAAAAAGGCUGAUAGGUUAUCAGUUUGAAUUUAAUUUUUAUUAUAAGAUUAUUCCCACUUUUGUGGUAUUGAACUAUCCUUUUAUGAAAUGUUGAUGUAGUAUUAGUUGCUUUAAAUAUCUUUAAUUGGCAAAAUAAAAAGUUGGCAGCCCUA